AUGAACGGCACCGUUGAGGUGGAGUGCCCCAAGCGGCCGGAAAGUCGAAACAGUGUGGCCGCGUUCCGUGAGCCGACCGUUCGUGAGCUUCCCCAAAUCAAGGACAAGAUUGCCCACUGUGUGGAGGAAGGUAAACGGUUUUAUAGCUUUGAGUUCUUUCCGCCAAAAACCGAGCAAGGACUUCUAGGACUGUAUGAGCGGAUCGCACGCCUGUCGCGCUUAGAGCCGCUUUUCGUUGAUGUCACCUGGGGUGCCGGGGGCAGCACCUCCGACCUGACACUGGAACUGAGUGGAAACAUCCAAAAGUUUUUCGGACUCGAUGUGGCCAUGCAUUUGACCUGUACGAAUAUGGAAGAGGGUAUGGUCGAUAAAGCACUUGAGGAGGCACGGAAACGAGGUAUCCGGAAUAUCGUGAGUCUGCGCGGUGAUCCGCCGGUUGGCCAGGAGUGGCGGCAGUGCAAAGACGGCUUUGCGCAUGCGAGCGACCUCGUGCGCCACGUUCGGAAAGUCUAUGGUGACUACUUUUGUCUGAUCGUUGCUGGCUACCCAGAAGGACAUCCAGCGGGGCUCCUUGACGGCAAACUGACAUACGAACAAGAACUCAACUACCUCAAGGAAAAAGUUGAUGCCGGUGGGGACCUCAUCAUCACGCAGAUGUUCUACGAUGUUGAUCAGUUUCUGCGCUUUGUCCGGGACUGCCGCAGUAUCGGUAUCCAAGUGCCUAUACUUCCGGGUAUCUUGCCAAUCCAGUCUUAUUCGGGUUUCAAGCGCAUGACUGGAUUCUGUCGAACGCACGUCCCCGAAGCGGUCGCCGAGACCGUCGAGCGCCUCAAAGACGACGAGGAGGCGGUCAAGAACUUUGGUAUCGAAUACGGCACUGAAAUGUGUCGACGUAUUCUGAAUUCGAAACUCUCACUAGGCCUCCACUUUUACACGCUCAACCUGGAAAAAGCCACGGUUUCCAUAUUAGAAAACCUCGGCUUGGUGCCCAAGUUCGAGUCAGUGCGCGCGUUGCCCUGGCGACCUGCCACGAUUGACGGACGCCGCUCCGAAGAUGUGCGUCCAAUAUUCUGGGCCAAUCGACCUGCGAGUUACCUCCUUCGCACCGAGACCUGGGAUGAUUUCCCGAAUGGUCGCUGGGGCGAUUCUCGCUCUCCGGCGUAUGGUGAGCUCAGAGAGCAUCAUCUGUUGGGUGGUGGAGGUCUCUACACGGCCGACCAACUUGAGCGCAUGCGCGAGGCCCUCGGCACGCCGCAGAAUCUCCACGACGUCUCCGCGGUCUUUGUCAAGUUUUUACGUGGUGAGACGAAAGCGCCGUUCCCCUGGGCUUCCGAGCCGCUUGCCAAUGAGACGAAUUUGAUCGCAGCUGCGCUCGAGCGGAUGAACUGGCAAGGAUUUCUGACCAUUAAUUCGCAGCCCAGGGUGAAUGGUGCACCAUCUACGGAUGUCACGGUCGGCUGGGGCGGCGCUGGCGGCUACGUUUACCAGAAAGCGUACGUUGAAUUUUUCUGUUCUGAGGAGCGGAUGAUACAGCUCCUCGACGCAGUCCGCGGAAACACGCCCGAGUUCGGGUCGCUAUCGAUCUAUGCGAUCAAUAGUCGUGGCGACCUGCGCACGAACGUCAGGAAGCCGCGCACAAACGCAGUCACUUGGGGUAUUUUCCCCGAUCGUGAAGUCAUCCAACCGACUGUUGUCUGCCCAGAAAGUUUCAAAGUAUGGAGCAAAGAGGCGUUUGCCCUAUGGAAACAGAACUGGUCCUCGAUCUACGAUCCCGAAAACGGAACGCCGGAGGAGCGUCGCGCGUAUGCACUGAUAGAACACAUCCGAGAGACAUUCUGGUUGGUGAACGUCGUCGACAAUAAUUUUGUUACUGGUGAUAUAUUCAAGCUCUUUGCCCGCAUUGGAUAG